UACAAGUGGUUGAGACAGUUUUUUUUAUAUAGAAACACGACAAGUGUACAAGAUUUCAAACAUGCUAUCAUGACAGAAUUUCUCGUUUUUCGCCUCACAUUGCUGCAAUAAGUAGACCACGUAGACAAUAUUUGAAUCCCUGCACUGUUCCAUCAUAAAUAACCGGACUAGCUAAUCAUUUUUUUCCAACCUGCAAAAUAUAUGCGUGCGCAUAAGAUUGGAUUUAAAUCUAAAAACAGGUUAUAAUAUAAACAAAGUCAUCAAAAAUGUCAGCAAAAGCAGGAAAAAAAAACAAAGGUAAACUAUUGGCUAGAAGGCAAAGACACGUGGUUGGAAAAGAAGAGCGAUAUCGACAAGAACAGGACCGAUCAGAUCCGGAAGAUGAAGAAGAAUCAGAAAGUGAAAAAGAAUGGCCCGUACCAUUUCCUGUUGCAAUGUGGGAUUUGGAACACUGUGAUCCAAAAAAGUGUUCAGGGAGGAAACUAGCAAGGCACGGACUGGUGAAAACGUUAAGAUUGGGUGCAAGAUUUCCAGGGUUAGUGUUGACUCCUGUCGGCAAAAAGUGCGUAUCUCCGACGGAUCGAGAUAUUGUGGAAAAUCUAGGAUGCGCCGUGGUCGAUUGCAGCUGGGCAAAGCUGGAUGAAACUCCGUUUUCUAGAAUGCGAACUCCUCAUCCUCGUUUAUUGCCAUUUCUUGUAGCUGCAAAUCCAAUAAAUUACGGCAAACCCUGUGAAUUAAGUUGCGUCGAGGCGAUAGCUGCAACGCUGGUCAUCACUGGAUUUUCCAGAGAAGCUCAAUUGUACCUAGGCAAAUUCUCUUGGGGUCAUUCAUUCCUCGAGCUCAAUGCUGAACUUUUGACUGCUUAUGCAGCUUGCUCAAACAGCGAGGACAUCAUAGUAGCUCAAGAAAAAUUUUUGAGAGAUGCUAGAAAAGAAAAAAUAGAUCGGAAAGCACUCCCGGACUUUCCACCAAGCGAAAGUGAUUCCGAAGAAGAAGAAGAACAACAACAUCAAGUGAUGAAACAUGAUAUAAAGGAAAAUGACCAAAAGGCUGACAGUAGAAACAAAGGAGAAACUUGUGUCAUGGUAAUAAAUCCAUGCGAUGUCAAAGAGGACAACGAAACAGCAAAAUAGUAUAUUUAGAUAAUCAAAACACGAUUCUUUAUUUUUUUCGUCGUAAUAGUCCCGAAUGUCCGUUGGAAUUUAUGGAAAAUCGUAGAAAUCAGAGUAAUUAAAUUAUUGUCGAAUUAAGAACAUAUGUAUUGAAUUAUGGUGAUUGCGCAGAGUUGACAAAAUGAUACCAUACAUUGUUUAAAUUCAUUUCAUGUGUCAAACUGUAUAGUCGAUUACAUACAGACUUUCUUAUGCAUACGGAA